AUGUGGUUGAUUUACCCCCACACUCGGGAGAUGUCGUGUGACCCGGGUGUUGGACUAGACGCCUUCUUCCAUGCGCUUUACACCAGGAAGGAAAAGAUAAUGGUUUUGUUGGGCAGUGCAUGCUCUGACGUCACGGAAUCCUUGGCCAAAGUGGUUCCUUAUUGGAAUAUGGUACAGGUUUCCUUUGGCUCUACUUCGCCUGCACUCUCUGACGAGCAGGAGUUCCCACGUUUCUUCAGGACGGUGGCACCAGACUCCUCUCACAAUGCUGCGAGAAUAGCUCUACUGAAGCAGUUCUCUUGGGCUACUGUGUCAACCUUCUCUCAAAACGAGGAUAUACACUCUUUGGUAAGUAGACAACUUUGUAAAAUCAAUUCAAACACUAUGUGCGUACAGAUUUGA